GACCUGACCAGACCGGACCUGGUAGACUGACUAACCAAACUUCUUCUCUGUCACCUACCGUGGACCUUCUCUACUCAUCCCCCUCGCGCAUCCAUUACACACACACACACGUUCGUUAUCUGCUUGUCCCUGCGACUGUACGAGCCUCGACCCAUUCCACCGUGUUUCGCCGCGGUGGCACAGCUCACACAUACACACGGUCACUCUCACUGUCACUCUCACACUUACUCUCACUCUCACUCUCACAUUCACUCUCAGUCGACUCGGGUUGCAUCCCCGAGUCCAAUCUACCACCCCCCCCCUCCCUCCCCCUACCCUAACCCCGUCUAGACUUUUAACACCCCUUCCUCUCUCCCUCACAACCUCGACUUUACACUCACACAUCACCCGUCACUCAUCGACACACCCGUCAUCGUAGCAGCUUCGGUCGCCUACGGCUCGUAGGAGCGCGCGACCCGCAUCGCCAAACAUGCGUCUCGCAUCAGCCGGCCUCGCGGCCCUGCUCUGGAGCACCAUCAGCUCCGUGACGACAGCCUCCCCCGUCGCCGACAACAUCAACGUCAAUAACAACAAGCCGAUGCCUGUCCUUCGCCCACGACAGACGGGUGGCGGCACCGGAGCCACGCCGACGCCGACGCCGACGACGGCAGCGACGACACCCACGACGGCGACUUCGGCGACGGGAGAAGAGGAGGCCACGACGACCGUCACCAUCACGACGACUGUCGGCGGCACCGGAGGCGGCGGCGUGGUGACGGCGACGACGGUCUUCCUGCGCACUAUCACGACUACGGUCCUCGUCACCUCGACCAGCUUCGAGACCACGACCGUCACGAGCAACGACGUCGCCACCGCUACCGUCACGAAUUACGUUACCUCGACCGUCCUCGCGAGGCGCAGCCUCCAGGUACUUCCCCUCGACGCCCCCGUCCCCGCUGCCGUGCCCGCCGCCGGAAUCACACCGGCCGCCGUCGCCUACUAUGACGACCUCCUUGUCCGCCGCAAGCACGCCUUCGUCGAGAAGCGCGCCCUCGUCACCGUCGUCGUCACCGUCACCGGCUCCGCCGCCGGCGUAUCGACCGUCCUCAACACCCGCACGAGCACCGUCGUCUUCACCACCACCUCCAACACCGCCAUCACCUCCACUCUCACCUCGACUCAGUUCAACAACGCCCAGACGACAAUCACCGUCGAGUCCACCCUGACCGUCACCUCGACCUCCAUCGACACCGCCUCGCCCAGCACCGUCGACACCGGUCCCACCACCGGCAGCCUCGGUACCGCCACCCAGACAGAGGGCGCCCAGAGCACCGGCGGCUCCGGCAGCUCCGGCGAUGGAUCGGACGGCCUAUCCACCGGCGCAAAGGCCGGCAUUGGCGCCGCCGUCGGCGUCGUCGGCCUCGCCGCCCUCAUCGGAGUGGCGUGGUGGGCCUACAGACGCCACAAGGCGAACCGCCCCAGCCGCUCCGACCUCGACGACAUGCGCGCCUACGACCCCAACGGCCCUUCGCCCCUUCACACGCCCGCCGGCAUGUCCGAGACGACGGGCGGGUUUGGGGGUGCCGGAGCGGGCACGAUGAGACGGCAGCCCGUGCCGAAGCACCAGCUCUCGCCGCCCUCGCAGAGCGUCAGCCCGCUCUCGAACCAGACGGUCUCGCCCGCUAACGACUUUGGCGCCGGGGGAGGGUACGCCAGGCCGCCCGCCGGCGGCGCGCAGGAGCUCGGCGGCACGAGGAUCAUGCCGGCCGAGAUGGGCGGCGGCGAGGUCGUCGAGAUGGGCGAUUCGCAACCGAGGCCGCAGCAGCCGCUCCAGCACACGCCGGCGCCGGGCAUGGCGUAUAACUCGGGCCCCGUCCCGGACGUGUACGAGAUGCCCUCCGAGAGGUAUCGGUGAUAUCUUGAUUCAUUUUCAUCUAUUUCUUUUCCUUU